GUAGUGUUCACAUACACACAAAAUGAGUUAAUAUAGUAAGAAUGUUAAUAUGAAUUAUAAGAAAAUGUUAAUCAAAAUGUUCACAGAAAGAUAUUUCCAAAUUAAUAAAACUGACAGAUGUAAUUACUGAACUUUCUUCAAUGUGUUAAUGCACUAGAAAACUUCAUUGUUUGAGAUAUAAAAUGGCACACAAACACACAUGUAUUUGAAACUUUUAUUCUAAAUAUUUUUACUCAACUCUAAACACAGAAAGAUAGAUAAAUAGAGGCCUCUGGUUCACCACCUAUUCAUUAUUCAAAUACUGGACAUUUAUUUUUAACUGUUUAUUAAACCUAAAACACGAAUUAAUUAAUUUUCGUCUGCUAAUCAUUCACCACAACUGUUUGGGCUUGAACCUUAAAAAAAAACACACGUACACAUUACCUGUUGGUAAACAAUGAACACUGUAAAAACACACUUACACAUUACCUGUUGGUAAACAAUAUUUUGCUGACACACAGCCAUUUCUGCUGUCUAAUAACACCUGGUAGACAUUACAUUUAAAUAUAUACAUUUUUCUUUGUCAGACUCUGAGCAGUGGAAUCCAAUAAACACACUAUUUCCAUAAAUCUUGGGGAUUUCUAUAUAGUGAUUUUUAUUUAAAGCGAAUUUCCUGAUUGAGCGAACAGUUAAUCAUAUUGGAAAUAAAGCUAUGACAGAUAACACCCCUGGUGGUAACCUGAGUAAAUCUGUUUUGAAAAAAAAAGAAAAGAAUGUCAACAUAUCAAGAUUUGUAUGAUUAAUUAUAGCAUUCACAAAUCUUUCUUUGGAAACAUUUCGUGUGAAAGUAGAAAUAUUCUUGCAUGCGUUAACCUCACCUAUCACUUUAUUAAUAUAUGUGUUAAUACAGAGAAAUGAUAUUAAUUUAAAUCUUUGCUAUUCUUGCUGAUGCCCUGGUCCAAUGUUAUGUAUACGUACUGUGUAUAGAAGGGUAAAUCUGAAGCAUGUACAGUUGGCGCCGCGAGCGGAGAAGGAAGAAAAGGGGCAAGUCGUUUACUGUCGUGCUCGAAUGGCAGAAAACCUUCGACUGGGGCUCUUGUGUCACCUCAUCUGUUCCGUUGUCUCUGACGUGGGACUGUAAUAAAUAAUUCAUGUGCUGAGUGGAAGAAGCUCCCAUCGUACAAAUCCACCUUCGAAUAGAACUCUAAACACACAUAUUUGGGCUGUCACGUGUGCCGGAGCCAGGAGAUUUGAACGUGGUAUUUUUUCUACUUGGGCUAGAUCCUGAUCAUGCGUAUUCCGGACAUCUCUCAUACUCUCGUUCCUGGGACCUAAAGACGAAUGAGAAAAGGACUGGGAAGAGAUAGUUGGAGAAUGCUGGCAGAUAUUAAUUGAGGGGGAAGAAAUUAUAAUGUGGUUGCUGGGUUUCAGAAUGUUCUAAGCGUCUCAUUCGCCCAGAAAGGUAUCGAUCACGAAAGAAAAUGAGCAGUAGGAAAAGGCUGGAUCUCUGAGAACUGGCAGUCCCCAAGCAUAUCGAACCUAGCCUUUGGAAACUUGGAGCACGUUAUCAGGCGUGCAACACGCGGCCCCUGCCAGAGUGAGGCCCGUGCCUGUAGAGAUACACACACAGCACACAGAGAAACUGCCAGUCACGCAUGUGACCACGAAGACUGAGAAAAGAGUGUCUAUAAACCAACGAUUCUAGUAGUAUACAGUCUUCCUCGACUGCACGUGCAGGGUGAAUCUUCUCUGAUAUCCAAAGUGGUUGUUUAUAUCAAAGAAGACCAAAAAACCUGCAGUUUUAGGCUUACAACAUUUUGACUAUAGCUUCGGCUGAUAUCUCAGUUCCUGAGAGUGCUGUCAAAAUUACUACUGGUAAGUUUUUUACCCAGUGGUUCAAGCUGCUCUUCGCUAAUACACAGAGACCUCUGACACUAUCUAUAUAACUUCCAGUAAUUAAGAUAUAUCUCAAAAACGAACGAAGCUGUCCCUUUGAUCUAUCUAACUUGAACAGUAGCUUUAACAUAAAUCAUUUCCUCAGUUCGGUGUAUUUAAAGAGUCGCUAGUACGCUGUGGGUCUUGCUUUCGUUUUGAACUAGAGUGCCAGCCUACUUAACACGACCCCUGAAACAUAAAUUUUCAGACACUUCAGAGGCCCUUUGAAAGAUAAAAAACAGUUGUGCCAUAAUUAAAACCUGUAAACUAUAAACGGUUUAGUAAAAGCUACACUCCUUGAUAAUGUACUUAACCUUUAGCUUAUGCAAGGUUCGGAUUGGUUAUUGAGAGUCACGUGGGUAGUAGGGAGUGCCAUAUUUGGAAUAAUGGUCUAUUAAAAGUGUGUCAGAGGUUUCCUGGAGUGCAAUACCGCCAUAAUUCAUCAAAAUUGCGUGGAAUAUUGGACAAAAUUAUUUUUGUACCACAAAUCACGGCGAGCAAAUGAGCUCGUAUCAGUUUGUCAACUCACUAACCCCGUGUUACGGCCAGCGAACGCAGGAGACGCCGGCCCAGGACUACUACACCCCUCAGGUGCCGGCUUACAACAGUUGUUAUAGCGGUCCAGCGUCUCCUGUCCAGCACUAUGGACCUUAUUCUCAACCUACAGUUCCACACCUGCAGAAUGGGGAUCAUACGCAUUAUAAUAGUUGCAGUCAGCGUCUAAGUCACCCUAAUCCCAGCCCAAGUCCGACACCAUCAGUAACACCGGUGCCGAGCUGCAAGUACGCAGAACCCAGUUCGGCAUCACCUCAGGACCUAACUACGACUUCCAGUUCACAGCAGCCGGCUUCUAUCAGCCCUAAGCCGCGGAGCUCACCACAACCUCCGCGGCAAGCUCAGCCGCAAUCAGCAAGUGGACACCAGCAGUCUCAAUCACCAGGACAACAACAGCAACAGCAUAGUUCUCAACCACAACAAAAUCAACCGAGUCAACCAGCUCAAAAUCAACCAACUCAACAAACACAGAGCAACCAACAGAAGGGGAACGACUCUUCAAACCAGCCUCUCAUUUAUCCGUGGAUGAAGAAAUCUCACGUCGGGCAGAAUGGGGUAAAUGCGAUGGGCGAAACCAAACGCCAGAGAACAUCCUAUACUCGCUAUCAAACUUUGGAGUUGGAGAAAGAGUUUCAUUUUAAUCGUUAUUUGACUCGACGCAGAAGAAUAGAGAUCGCACACGCCCUCUGUUUGAGUGAACGUCAGAUCAAAAUCUGGUUCCAGAAUCGGAGAAUGAAGUGGAAAAAGGAGCACAAAAUGGCCAACACAGUUCCACCUCCGAUACCGCACCAUCAGGUUAUGGUUAAUACAGUUCAUGGCUUUAGGGAAUACACCUACAGUAACAGUGUUUAUUAAAUAUUUACGUAUGCCUGUUUCCCACAUCCCACCCACUCCUGCUGACCCACAGAGUGGAUUUCACCUUAGAACAAGUGUUGUACAGUUUUUGAAGAAGCUACCUAUGGGGUUCAACACCAUCAAAUUAUUCAUAAAUAUAUGCAGAAAAUAAAAAGCUAAACUUUUUUUUUGCUUAUUUAUAAUAUUAUCAUUCUGGCCGCGCCUAUUGUUUUUGCUCUUAAGUCUGGUGAACCAUUGUUGCCGUGGAAAUGGUGAACAGAGCGUUGUUCACAAGUCUUCAAAACUUCAUCAGAAUUGAUGUUUAUCUCUUUUAUUUUGUUUGUCUAUAGUGAGCUGUAGUGUUGCCUUGAAGUCCCAAGUGGUAAUUUAAUUAUUUGUCUUCUAAACAGUUUUUUUUUUUAAAUCGAAAAACCAAAACCAUGUAUUAAAAUAUUACAUUUACAGCAGAAGGAAUAUAAAGAGUAAAGAGUACCACGUCUUUGAAAGAACUUUUUUGACGAAUCGUGAAAGACGUUUUGGAAGAAGAUGAGACCCCUUUAAAAUGUUAAAAAAGACAUUCAUUUCAAAUGGAGGAUGACGAAAGAAAACAAUUAGUGAAUAACAAACGUUCUUUAAGAAUAUUAAUUGUAAAAUAGCAAAGCAUGACCGUCAGAAAUGAUAUCCUAAAAGUUAAGGCUAACAUUUAGGAAAACGUGAGACAUAUGUCAUAUCUCUUUAGAUAAAUAUAUAUAUAUAUAUA